CGAGUCCUAGUGUCGGACAACGGGCGAACAUUUAUUGCAGAAGAAUUCGAAAAUUUUCUUAGAAUAAACGGAAUAUACCAUAAGCGCACAGCACCCUACCAUCCUGCUACAAAUGGUUUAGCGGAACGUUUCGUACAAACGUUAAAAAAAUCACUACGAAAAUUAAAUAUUAGUAAUGGCAACAUUAAGACCAAUCUACAGAAAUUUCUAUUUCAGUAUAGAGUAACACCUCAUGCAGAAUUAGAUAAAUCUCCGGCGGAAGCCAUGUAUAACCGUAAAUUAAGAAGCAGAUUGGACUUAAUGUUCCCGAAAACUAAUAAAGAAAUUGAAAUGGAAAAUAUAAUAGUUGUAAGAAAUUUUAAAGAAGGCGAAAGAGUCGCCGUGCGAGAAUAUUUAAACAAAAACGUAAAAUGGCGAUUUGGGAGAGUAUUAGCUAAGCUAGGGAAAUUACAUUACUCAGUUAAAUUAGACAACGGAAAAAUUUGGAAACGUCACUCAGAUCAAAUAAGGAAAAUAGGAGAAAAAAUUAGUGCCCCGAUUGAUGAGGCGAAUAACCUUGGUGAGGCUGACCAUUAUGGUCCAGUCGAGGUAGCACGGGAUGUUCUAACUCCAAGCGAUAACGAGCAAGCGAAAACUGUGCACAAAAACUCUGACCCUGCCAGCUCGAGUUGCUACUCCGAAAAUCCCAAUACAACGGAAUCCGAGGAAGGGGAAGCUGCAAGAGCCGACGACACACGCACGCGUAAAUCAAAAAUAAGUUUGGAACAAAAUGUAAACGAAAACAAUGAGGGCCGACCUCAACGUUAUAGAAAACCGCCUGAUAGGGGGAAGAGCUGUUAUGUAUUUGAGAUGUAUAUGGAGAGUUGCGCGCCGCGAGGUAAAGGAGCCUAAUCGUGACACCUUUCGGCGUUAUCGUUCUAGUUUACCCCCGAAUAUCGUCUAAAGCCCGGCUUUUAGCCGAGUCAUCGUCUCCCGCUGUCGCAGAGACCAGGACAGGCGCGUAGCGAGCGGAUGCUCCGUUUAUAAGCUCCGGUUACUCCGAUUGUGUUCUAACUAAUAAAUAGUUCUGUGGUUAAA